AUGAUUUCCACCGGUGUCGAAGUUUCUUCUGAACCACCGUUUGAAAUGCGUGACAUUUCCGAUGGUUUUAUGAAACGUUUGCCAGAAUGGUUACGAGAAGAGUUGAAACCGAUUGAUCAGAGAAAAGAUUCUGUCAUUAUCAAUAGUGCUCAUCGAUUUUGGAUUGAAGCAGGACAAAUCACCUACGAAUAUCACUUUGGCAAAAAGAAUAAUUUAAUCACCUACUAUCUCAGUGAUAAACCAAUGUGUGUCAAGAAACAAUUUAUGCAAUAUGACGAACAAGGAAAUUUAAUUGAUGAUUUGUCAAAACUAGAUGACGAUCAUUCUCCAGAAGCUCAAUUUAUUCAAAGAGUUAUUGAACUCGGCGUUUUAGUUUUAUUUAUUCGAUCUACAUUUGAAAAUAUUCAAAAAUAUCUUAAUAAUAUUCGAAUUAAAAUUGAUCCUGUGAAUGAUUAUUUGCAAAGAAUUCGAAACCAAAUAAGCUAUCCUUGUGCAACUGAUCAGGAAAUUGAUAAAAUUGUCAAUAGCGUCUUAAGUGAUCAAAAUAUCUCGUAUUCAGCAGUUUCAUAUGAGCAAAUGAACGAAUUAAAGACAAAAAUCCGAUCACAGUUGAUCGAAGCUGAUGAAACGAACUUGAACAAAAUAGUAGAAGCGAUUUGUGAAGCAUGUCGUGGAUCACACCACAUGGAUAUGUUAAAAGAUUGGUGUCAAAUUGGUUAA